AUGGUUCGACCCCGCCUCCCUCCCUCGCUCCCUCGACGUCUACUCCAGACCCGGUCCUACUCCGCCCUAAAAGUGAAGGACACCGACCGCGUACGCUGGCUCACGCUCUCCCGGCCCGAGAAGCUCAACGCAUUAACUCUUCCGGAUCUGGAUGCCUUCAAAUCCGCCGUUGACGAUGCGAACGCGGACCCGUCCAUCCGCGCGAUCGCGGUCACGGGGGAGGGCCGCGCUUUCUGCGCCGGCAUGGACACGCACGUCUUUGCCGGCCUGUCGGUCGACGAGGCGCUGAACGUCAUCCGCAAAGUCUCCAAUGCUGUUGGCUCGCUCCGUCUCAGCCCUAAGCCGACCGCAGUGGCUCUGAACGGCUACUGCAUCGGUGCCGCAUUCGAGAUGGCCCUCAGUGCCGACUUUAGAGUGAGCUACCACGAGGUCCAGGCCGGAUUGCCCGAGACGAAAGUUGGUAUCCCCUCCGUUGUCGAUGCGGCGCUGCUGCCGCACUACACUGGUCUCAGCCUCGCAAGGGAGAUGCUCCUGACCGGUGACCUGUAUCCCGUCGAGAAGAUCGGGUUCGUCAACCGCUUCGCGGAGCGGCAGGAGGGGGACCUGGAACGCGUCACGAUGGAUCUGCUCGCCAAGGUUACGGACCUCACGCCGACGGUCAUGAAGGCGCAGAAGGGGCUGAAUGAGUAUUGGCUCAAUCAUGGGAUUCAGGACAGCAUCGAGCACAGCAUACAUGUGUUUGGGGAGUGCUUCUCGAGCCCGGAGACGAAGGAGGCCGUCGACAAGUACAACGCGAGGAAGAAGGAGUAG